AUGAAACGUCACAUACAGCAAGCUGGUAAAAUAUUGGGGACUGGCGACUUGAACAGGGCAAAGAAAAUCUAUCGAAAAGCACAGAAACUAGACCCACGCCGCCCGGAAGCCUUCCAAAACGUCUCUGCCUGCUUUGUUCACUCAGGUCAAUGUGAAGAGGCUAGAUAUUACAUGCAAGAGGCAGUAAAACGCUAUGCAUUUGCUGCAUUGAUAGGAUAUCGCGGAGACAGAAAGCUGCAUGAAAGUGAGAUCACCCAAGUCAUUGGGGACUGGGCUAGUGAUCUUUUCAUUCUGUCUGAAGGUUAUGAUUCCAAGAACGAAGAAGGAAACCGCAGCCCCCCACCAAACUGGUGGCUUCAGGAUGGGAUGUUCAAAAGGAUCACAAAGGUGGCACUCAAUACAGCCAUGGCUUGUAUCAAAGAUCCAAACUUGCAUUGUAAAGAUCCGCAGGAACACCGCCGCCAUAUUUUAAUGUGGUCAGCCUGGCGGGUGCGUACGCUCACUAGAUUUCUCAGCCAAGAUCACGAUGCGACUUUGCCUUUGUCUCGUACAGCCGAAGAGUUCAGGGAAGUGGCCGAACUCUGCCUGUUUCUAUCCGCAAAUGUAAACGCCAAAGGAGAAGAGAAGGAUGGUUCUGUUUUAGAUGAAGAAGGCAUCAAUAGUCUUUUGGCUGGGGGGAUUUCUGCAACAGUUUGCAGUGCAGCUGCAGAGAACACAUCAGAGGGCUCUGCUUUGCAGAGAGGUGAAGCUGGCCUUUGGGUUGUGAUCCAUGGCCUUUGCAGUCCUUCAGAAACUGCAAUGAACAACCAAUUUGCUCUGGUUUGCUUGGAUGGGUUGGAAGAUGGUCGAGUUGCUGUGAAGGUGGAUGGAAUCAGUGAAACCAAGAGGAUUCUAGCCUGCAACUUAUGGGAAGUUCCCUUUUCCGAGACAAAAGUGGCUCUCAUUUCAACUCUGGAGGAUGCCAUCCAGUGGCAGUUUGUCCGAGGCUCCAGGGAACUGGCUCUAGCUCGUGUCAUGGCAGGACGGAACUGA